AUUUAUUUGAUUUUGAUUGGUUGAUCUAAAUAUAGCACAUUUAAUGGAGAAGUGUUUUUGUCAUCUGCUAAUUCAAGAAGAAACAUUCUAGUGAUAUAACAUGCAGAUAAUAUAAGACUGUAGAAGAAAAAUAUUCUAUAAAGAGGACAGUUUUGUGUUGUGUUGACAAUGGAUGAUGAAUCAAACAGCAAUGAGCCUUGUACUUCCACAGGAGAGGAGUCUUCAAGUUUACUACAAGCAACUGAAGAUUCUGAACCAUCUUUGAUGGAGGCAGAUUCAGGGUCUUCCUCUAACGUACAAAUCCAUCCUAAAGAUAAAGCUGUGUUAGAGUUGAUUGAUAAGUAUCACACAAGAAGGGCCACUCAAUGGGCACUGUUUUGCUGGAACACAUGGAGGUCAGAGAAAAUGGAGGAUAAUUCAAAUCAAUCUGCCAUUCCGUUUUUCUAUGAGAUAUGUGGGAAAAGCAUUGAGGUGAUGGACACCACUCUCGCAAAGUUUGUAACUGAAUGUAAGAAUAAGGAAGGAGAAAAUUAUACUCCUGAAACAUUACGUGGGGUUAUAUUUGGACUUCAGCGAUUUUUGAAAACUUAUUGUAUGAGCCUAAACACAAAGCCAGUAACUUUUAUCAAAAAUGAAUUUCAAUAUCCUAAAUAUUGUCAAGCCAUGAAGAAAAGAAUUAAAGACUUGGCUGCCACUGGUGUUGCUAAAAAGAAUGCACAAGCAGUUGGAAUUACAAGCAAAGAAGAGGAAUAUCUUUGGGACCUUGGCAUAUUUGGCUGCAAUACUGCUGAAUCACUCAGUAACACUGUCUUCUUCUAUAUCGUCAAAAUAUUUGGCAUAGUGUCCUCGACGGCACUGAGAACAAUGAAACCAGACACGUUCAUCUUUGGAGAAAACGAGUUUGGAAAAUAUCUGGAACUCGACACAGACUUUGCAAGUGAGUUGGACAUAUACAAUCAAACUUCAUGCUGUCAUAAUUUGUCACUUCUUGCACAAAAUACCACAACUAAACUUAGGCACUACUGUAAUGAAAAUAACCCAAGAACAUUCUACAAUAUAUUAAAAUACUAUGUUGAACUCAUAAAACUUGUAGAUUCAGGGGAAAACUGUCUUUUCCUAAGACCAAAGAGAGAUAUGGUAUUCUGUAAUCUAGCUAUUGGACGUAACCAGCUGCAGAGAAAGUUUGGUCAGAUUAUGAAGCAGGCAGGUCUCAAAGGGUACUUCACAACUCAGGCUCUGGUCCAGUCAUCUCUAGACAACCUACAGGUGAAAGGUUACAUGGUUCGAAGAAAACAAGCAUUCAUAAUCCAACAUCAGCUGGAAAUCAGCAAGAUUCUUGAUCCACCUCCUGGCAUAAUAAGAACUUAUGAUGUGAAAACCCAGACCAAAGCAAUUCUUCAGUUAGUAAAUGCAAGUCAGGGUUUACCUAUUCAGCCAGUAUUAGAUCAAAGCCAGCUACAGUAUAUGUAUCAAGUAAAUCAAAUCCCACAGAUUGGUAGUCUUAUUAAGGUACAGCAAAGUCCCUCUAAAACAAACACAGACAAGCAGACUGACAGAAUGGACUUGCAAACUGCCCUACAAGCUAGUCAAAACAUACUGAAAGCUGGCCUACAACCAAGCACAAGUGCAGCCUUUGUGACUGGUGUUUCAAAUCUUACAAAUCAACUGACUGCAGUCAACCAUAUCUUACCCAAGACUGUUAAAGUAGCUAGACUAGUUCCUACAGCAACUGAAACUGCCAACAAUAUGACCACAGAUGUCAAAAUGAAAACAAAUGAUUCUGCAGUCCCUGUUCCAGUGUUUUUGCGAAAAGCAGGUUCUGAUGGAAAUGAUGGUUCCUUAAAUAAUGCUGAAUGUGAUUCUGAUGGAACAAAUGAUUAUGAUUAUGACAACGUCAUCAUUAAACAAGAACCGGCAGAUUACGAAGGUGAAUGUUUCCAAACCCCUGAUAGUCCAAGUACCUGUCAAAGUGAAUCCUCUAGAAAGAGAAAACCUGAUGCUGCUGGCUUAGAAGAUGCAAGCCCAAGAAAAACUGUGAAAAACAAAGGUAUGAACUUAAGAUCUAAAGAGCAUAAAACAAAUGCAGACUCAAACAAAGAAGUUAUAAAUAACAAAACAGAAACUCAAAAGUGUAGAAGAGAAAAUGAAACAGAAAUCAAAGAGGAAAUGGUGGAUACGGUAUUAUGUGAAGCUGAGAUAGAGUACUCAUUUAGCAAUGAUCUGAGUAAGAAAAUAACAAAACAGGAAGUUUCCCUGAAGGAGGAUGGUCAAACUAUGUUUAGUUUCUCUGGUACCAGUAAAAUGGGGAAAUCAGUGGGUGACCUUGACAUUAACCUUGGUGACUACCUGCCGGAGAAUUGUACAAUCAAACCUGGUGAUAUUGAUAUUAAAAGAAUGAUUUUGUCAGAUGGAGGAAAAAUGAUGAUUAAACUGAAGUAUAAUAUGGAUAAAUAAAACUAAACCAGACCUUGGAAAUUCACAGUGUAACUGGCUACAACAUUGCUAAAAUAUGCUAAGAUGUACCUGAUUUUCCAACAAAAACAUACAUAGUGUUAUUUAACUCUGUUGUUUGCAGAAUUUUGUACUUCAAUGGUAACUCUAGUGAAACUUUAUAAAUACAUAUAAACCACAAUUCC